CAUUUCGGCAGCACGGAGCACUCGAGCCGGCAGCAGCACACUCCACUCCUCCAACUGCGAGCUCUUCCGCCGCCGCCGCCGCCGCCGGGCUUCAAGCUCGCAUUCUCGACCGCUCCACGCCAAUGGCUACCUCCACCGCGCGUCGCCGAAGCGGUCGCAGGAAAGCGGCGACGACGCUGACGGAGAUCCCCGACCACCUCCUGGCGGAGAUCUUCCUCCGUCUGCCGGCCGCAGAAGACCUCGCCCGCGCCUCCGCCGCCUGCGUCACCUUCCGCCGGCUCGUCGUCGACACCGACGGAUCCUUCCUCCGCCGCUUCCGCCGCGUCCAUGACCCGCCCCUCCUCGCCUUUUUCGACCGCGACGGGUUCCACCACGCCCUCCCGCCUCACUCCUCCGCGCCGGCAGCCCGCGCGCUCGCCUCUGCUGCCGACUUCUCCUUCUCCUUCUUCCCCAACCACGGCAGCUGGGCCGUUCAGGACAUCCGCGACGGACGCGUCCUCCUCCUCCGCCCCGGCGAGGGCCUGCAGCGCGAGGUCUCCAUGGAGCUUGCGGUGUGCGACCCCUUGCACCGGGGGUACGUCCUGCUUCCCCCAGUACCUGACGGCUUAGUCGCUUCGGUGGCGCACACGGCCAUGGAACACAAGCCCUGGUGCGAGCCUUUCCUCGUUCCCUUUGAAGAAGAGGCAGAUACUGCAUUUGGUGUGAUAUGGAUGGUACAUUUCAGUACUAGGUUGGCCGCUUUGGUCUUCUCUUCAAUCACUGGACAGUGGCAAGCUGGUGCAUCCAAGGAAUGGAGGGAUUUGCUCCUUGGCCAGGGCAAGUCAACCGUGGCGUCACCGAUCGACCCUGAGUAUCACGAGCGCCAUUACGCGUAUGGCUGCUUCUACUGGGAGUCAACCAUGAGUCAGAAGAAAGAGUUGCUCGUGCUUGACACCCGUACGAUGGAGUUCUCCAUGUCCGACCUCCCGCCCAGAAAAUGGUGUGCGCUAGGUCUAGCCAUUGUGGAGGCAGGGGAAGGCAGGCUUGGACUGUUCGGCAUCCUUGAUGAAACUUUAGCUGGCAAAUUUGAUCUCUGUUAUUACACCAGGGGAAACAAAGCUGAGGGUUCUAGCCAGUGGCAGUUGGAGAAGACAAUCUCAUUAGGUGCUGGGUGCCAGCAUCAUAUCAAAACUGCAACCGGGAGGUACUUGCUCCUAGGAAAGUUUGGACCCAUGCGGUUCGUAGGCUCAACCCCGCAUAUGGACUUGGAUUGUAUUUCAGUUGAUGUCAAGACGUUGCAGCGUGAGAGUGUUUGUGGUAAAUCUUCUGGGUUUGCCAUGUCCAAGACGUGGAUAUAUACCAACUUCCCGCCAUCUCUGUCUUCACCGACAAUAUGAAGUGAUUCGACAGAGCCAUGGCCAGAUCAGCAUUUCCAUCUUCAGGGCUCCAAGUUUUUUGUGUUUUCGGCAGCAUGGACUUCGCUUGGAUGUGAACAGGUCUUGCCUACAAGACGAAAUUAUGAAUCUAGUCACUGUUGGUGCUCAUGCCUGAUGUCGUGCUCAUGACUGGUGUCUGACUUGUUCGUCCUUUUAUGCUCUAGUGGUCUAGAUUUGGAACUCGUUCAGUGUAGUGUAACCGACAUCAGUCACGUGUUUGCUGUUCCAGCGUAAUAUAGAACAUGGCACUGAAGUGUUUAACAGUUCUGAACUUCCCAGCAGCAUUUUGGAAGAUGUACUGACAUGGCUACGGUUUAAGGAGCCUCUUUUCA